AUCACGUGGGCCCCCAGGCAUCAGCUGAUGACUUCCUUGUUGCCAUUCUGCUUGUCGUCGGAGAUAAGAGGAAUUGCAGAAGCGCUUUCUUUCAUCCAAGAACGGACGCGGUUUCCUUGGGCUUGUUGAUGUCAAAUUGUGGAUUAAGGAGGUACUUUGAUACGUUUAAAAACUCACUUUAAUAUAGUACGUACAGCUUUUUUUUUUCUUAGCUAGCUAGCUAACCGGCAAGGUAACUUGCACUUCUCACAAUCUGUUCUAAAUACCGGACUGUAGUGGCUAAGUCAAUCCAUUGGGGGUAAUCCUCCUUUCAGCUAGCAACAGUAACGUUAGAGUAUCCUGAAAUGAUGUAUGCAGUUUUAGGCUACGUUUUUCGAUAUCAACAUACUCGAUAAUCAAAAUUUUGCAGCUGUGUCCCUCUCCUCUGCCGUCGCUAACAUUCUAUCCAUGAGUACUUCAGACAGUGAAGAGGACACCUACAAUGAGAGGACAGCUCUGGUUGCAUCCGAGUUACCGUCUGUGCCAUCUUACCAACAAGACCCCGACCAAACCCAGCCUGCAGACAUGGAGCCCAGGCGGCGCCUGGUGGCCCCAGAGCCUGCAGCUGAACCCCCCAGCCUAAACAGGAGUGCUGCAGAGCAGGAGCACGUAGACCUGGAAGAAGACGAGGAGCUCACACUCAAGUACGGCGCCAAGCAUGUCAUCAUGCUGUUCGUCCCCGUCACCCUUUGCAUGGUGGUCGUCGUAGCCACCAUAAAGUCGGUCAGCUUCUACACUGAGAAGAACGGGCAGCAGCUGAUCUACACGCCUUUCACAGAGGACACAGACACAGUGGGCGAGCGGCUGCUCAACUCUGUGCUCAACACCAUCAUCAUGAUCAGCGUCAUCGUGGUCAUGACCAUCUUCUUGGUCGUGCUCUACAAGUACCGUUGCUACAAGUUCAUUCACGGAUGGCUCAUCCUGUCCUCGCUGAUGCUGCUCUUCUGGUUCAGCUUCAUGUACCUGGGGGAGGUAUUUAAAACCUACAACAUGGCCAUGGAUUACCCCACAUUAGCCAUGAUCAUCUGGAACUUUGGGGCAGUGGGAAUGAUUUGCAUACACUGGAAGGGGCCCCUGCAGCUGCAGCAGGCCUACCUCAUUGCCAUCUCGGCCCUCAUGGCCCUGGUGUUCAUCAAGUACCUGCCCGAGUGGUCUGCCUGGGUCAUCCUGGGAGCCAUCUCUGUCUAUGAUUUGGUUGCAGUCUUAUGCCCCAAAGGUCCUCUAAGGAUGCUUGUGGAGACAGCACAGGAGCGUAAUGAGCCCAUCUUCCCUGCACUCAUAUAUUCAUCUGCCAUGAUAUGGACGGUUGGGAUGGCCAACCCAGCAAGAAAUGCAGAGCCCACAAAUCAAGAUACAGACGAGGAGGCACAUCAGAGUGAGGGCACCCAAGUGUCCUCAGGGAUGAAUAGGUCCUACUCAACUGAGGAUGACCUAGACGAGGAAGACCGAGGAGUCAAGCUGGGACUGGGGGACUUCAUCUUCUACAGUGUGCUGGUGGGGAAGGCUGCUGCCACUGGAGGAGACUGGAACACCACGCUGGCCUGCUUUGUGUCCAUUCUCAUAGGACUCUGCCUCACUCUUCUGCUGCUGGCCAUAUUCAAGAAGGCCCUCCCAGCUCUCCCCAUCUCCAUCACCUUCGGCCUGGUCUUCUACUUCUCUACAGAUAACCUGGUCCGCCCCUUUAUGGACAACCUCGCUGCCCAUCAGUUCUACAUCUGACUUCCCCUCUGGGGGGUCAAUGGAAUGCACAACCAUUUUAAUUAGGUAUUUAUGUCCCACUCAACCAACUUUGGGUUAUUUUGAGAACUUGGCACUCCCACUUCAAUGGUUGAAGUGAAGUGGUAACUUGAACAGUCAAGACAUGCUGCAGUAUUCCAUUCAAGUCAAAUCUCUGCUCAAGGCUACUGGUUUUUAAAGGGGCAGUGCAUUCCAAAACUUGAUUUAAUGAUAUUUUCACACAAGGUCAAUAACUCUGAAAUUGGUAAAAUGAUAAUGCCCUUUUAGUGUGAGGUUUAUUUUUUUUACUCCUGGAAUUUGCCUGUUCAGGUGGGAUGUAGUUUUUGGCCCACAGCAUGAAAUCACAAUCCGAUGUGAUUAUUCUGACCAAUAACCCGUUCACAAAAAUGGUUAGCUCCUACAGACAGUAAAUCUGUCUGGCUGGGGCUUGCUAUAUAAAUCAGGCAUCGAGGUCAGAGUGUAUUUGGUGUUAUUUACAUGAAAUACACUGAUUUUAAAAUGAAAGACUGCUUGGGAGCUUUAAUGUCUUGAAAGCAGAAAGUCUAUUUUAUGGCUUCACUUCUAACCCCCAUUGCCCUUUUGUAAAUAAGCUGAAUGAAAUAAGACAAUCAAGCAUAGAUUCAAACAAGUUGUUUGAGGCACUCUAUUCGUCAACAAUUGAUUAAAUCGUGUAUGACUCGUAGGAAAUUAUUUAACUUGACAUUUUCUAAUAGUUGGCGUCAUACCAAAUGGAAGUCAAAUCAUACUCUCUCUAUUUUGAUAAUUGCUGCUGAGUUGCCACGUAUGGUGAAGGAGGGAGCCAAAAGGUGUAGGAUUGGGGGAGAGGCUGAUGCUAGAUCUGUACCUAGGGGAUACAUCCCGGAGAGCCCGAAAACAGAAACUAAACAUGAAGCAUGAUGGUCCUAACUAGCCUGAAAUCCAAACUGAUUUCUGUUCAUCAGUUUGUAUUGCAGUCUAGGUUCUAAUUGCUCACUGAAGACCAAAACUUGCCAGUAGCGUAAAGCUAAAAUACUGGUAUGCUGUUUGAAUGGAGUGCUUUUACAUGCAACGAGAGUGUGUAGUCUUUAUAUUGAAGAUAUAUAUUUUAUAGAAUGUAAUGCUGUAACAUUAUUUAUAUUAAUACACUUAAAUGAAGUUUGAUGGAUUUUAUUUUGUUGUGCAAUAAAGUGGUACUUCUGCUAAAUUAA